GUUUACAGUGUUGAUGACAUUUGAUAAACAAAAUGGAAUCCAAACAGCACCAUAUCACCGAUAUCACAUAUCCAGUUGACUGUCCUGAAGAAGACUGUGUCGAUCUGUCAGAGGAGAAAAUGGCAUAUUUGGACAAUGGUUUAAGGAAGACUUUCACGCUAUCACAUGGAGUAAAGGUGGACGUGUGUCAUGAUAACAUAGCCAGCCUCUCACUUUUCAGUGAUGAUCUAGCCCAUUCGGUUUUUGCCCUGCAUUUGCCUGGAGAUGCAACUCAAGUGGUUGCAGUAUACCUGCACAAAAAGUGGUGGUCUGUACAAGAUGUGAUGAAGACAUCCUGCAAAUCCAGAUGUGGACUUGUAGUGGUGAAUUCAAUCGUGGAGAGAGUCAUUUUGUUUGUCAUGAGUCAGAUCAUUUUUGGGAUUUUGGAAAGAACUCUGGAUGAAGAAAUAUAUUUCUCACCGCAUGCUUUGGAGGAAUUUGGCAAAAUCUUCUGGCUGGACGGAGAAGCUGUCGGAUUUUAUACCAUAAAGAAAAAAGGCACCUUGUGCAGUAGAUGUAGUGGGCAAAGCUACUUGCUUCCCGUGCUGGACACUUUGUUUGUUCGGACACUCUGGAGGAGGAAGGGGCUUGCCCUGCAGAUGCUGGAAGAUUUCUGCUCGUCAUUCCCUCAAGAGGAAGUACUGGGUGUCAGCUAUCCCAUUUCUGCCCGAAUGUACGAAGUGUGUCAAAAGUUCUUGGAAAUCAAUGAGGAGGAAAGGGACCGCCUGUACGAAGUGGAGAGCCCUGGAGACUGGGGUCAAAGACGCAAUGUGUGGCUAGGCCUCCAGGUCCGUCGGCUUCCAAAGAACAGGCAGAGUCCACAAACAAUUACCACUGACAAGACACAUGGAGACAAACACGAGGAGGGGAAAGUUCCUUCUCUUUUACCUGACAGCGUCGACCCUGCCUGGAGCAUAUCAAAAGCAGACACCCUAGAGAAGCAUUUUGAAAUGGGUGUAUUACCUACUGGUCCUGUGGCAACGCCUGACAACACCCAAAGGAAUUCUGGGAGGAGGCGAACAGCAAACCACGCAGAGGAGUGUGAGAACACCAAACAAAGAAGGACACUUUAAAGAAACUUCCGAACUGCUGUGUUGAUGUUUGGAGAAAUCCCUCUCUGGCUCAGUCAGUUGAAAGUAAUUUAAGAGGCCCUGCAUAGACCUGAUCUUCAAGUUGUUAUCUCAGUAGGCCUAUUAAUUGUUCUGAGACAAUGAAAUAACCAAUGGACAUAUGUGUGUUAUGGUGUGUGUGUGUGUGUGUGUGUGUGUGUGUGUGUGUGUGUGUGUGUGUUUGUGAUUUGUGUGGACAGAAAAAAAUACUAUAAAGUGCCUGGAAUGUUUGAGCAGGUCUCUCACCAGUAUGUAGAGUUCAGCUAGAGUGCAUUUCUUCCACUUGAUCCUGUCCAUUGUUUGUAUUUAUCUUGUGUGGUUUACAGGGACCAAAGUAAACAAGAAUUAGCCAAAUGUUGUCUAGGACCAAAAAUGUACAUAUCACAAGCUUCAUGAAUUGAAACGGUGAAACCUAUAAAUGUUAUGGGAAAUGUU